AUGCUCGACUUGAACACGCUUGAUGGGUCGACUUGGGAUGUCGUGAUAUCUGGCACUGGCCUCCCCCAGGCAUUCCUGGCACUGGCCUUGUCACGAUCCGGCAAGAAAAUACUGCAUAUUGACAAAAAUGACUACUAUGGUGGCUCUGAGGCCGCAUUUAGCCUACAGGAAGCAGAGGAAUGGGUGAAAAAGGUCAACGAGGAUGGUGAAGAUGACGAACUGUCGUUUUCACGUGCAUACACGCUAUCUUUAUCGCCUCAGCUGCUGUUUUCCCAGUCCAGGUUUCUCCCAUCACUGGUAUCCUCUCGAGUCUAUCGUCAGCUUGAGUUCCAGGCCGUAGGGAGUUGGUGGAUAUACCAGUAUAGUACUGGCUCAGAAGCCAACUCCCAACCAGCUAGAUUGCAGCGUGUGCCUAGUAGCCGUGAGGACGUGUUUACUGAUGAAACCAUGAGUAUGAAAUCUAAACGAUCUCUAAUGAAGCUUCUCAGGCAACUCAUGCAACAGGACCAUGAUCAGGAGAACGAAGCUGAAUCAGAAGUAGACCAGAACAUGCAGUUCCAGAACCUGCUGGAGACCAAAUAUCGCAUUCCCAGUGAUUUGUUCGAUCCGCUACUCUCACUUUCUCUUUCUCUUAAGAGUAUGGAUACAACCAACUCCAUGGAUGCUAUUCCAAAUAUCAAAAGGCAUCUUUCUUCUAUUGGAGUAUUCGGGCCCGGUUUUGGUGCCGUUCUAGCUAAAUGGGGUGGCGGGGCUGAAUUUUCCCAAGCUGCCUGCCGUGCCUGUGCCGUUGGGGGUGGGAUCUAUGCCCUUGGUAGGGAGAUCAAGAAGGUGGAUGAGAUAACCGAUGGAGGCCAAAGCGAAAAACUACAUAUUUAUCUCACGGACAACGAGUCCGUAAAGAGUAGGUAUGUCGUUGGAUCUGGAUGGGAUCUCCCGGAACAGAUACACAGAGAAAGGGUACAUCCCUAUUCCCGCCUUACGCGAGCUAUCAUGGUUGUCAAUUCGUCAUUGGAGAUACUUUUCCCACAGACUUCGGAGAAUGGGCCCGUACCAGCUGGCGCUGUUGUUACCAUCCCAUCAAGAAAUUCUGGUCCUCCCGCUUAUCUCUUGGUACACUCAAGUGAUACUGGAGAGUGCCCUGCUAACCAAUCAAUCACACUCAUUCAACUAUCUUUCCAUGAUGCCUUUAUAUUAUCUACAUUGUCUGCAAAAUCAUUGAUGAUAACUUCAUUUUUCUGA